AUGUCUUCUUAUGAAACUUUACCAACAGGUUUUGUUUAUGUACAUGAUAUUAUACCGGAUAUUCAAGUAAGCUUACGUUAUGGUACUGAAGAAAAUUUUCUAGGAUGUAUUGUUAAUGGUUAUUAUUCAAAUGUAUCAAUUAUGACAGAAGCCGCUGCACAUGCAUUAAGACGAGUGCAAGAAUUAGCGAAAGAAAAUGGUUAUGAAUUAGUUAUUUAUGAUAGUUAUCGUCCACAAAAAAGUGUUAAUCAUUUUAUUAAAUGGAGUGAAGAUCCAAAUGAUCCUCAAUCGAAAAAAGAUCAUUAUUAUCCACGAAUUAAUAAAGAAAAUGCAUUUAAUCUUGGAUAUAUUGCGAAAAAAUCUGGUCAUACACGAGGAAGUACAAUUGAUUUAACUAUAAUUCCAAUUGGUAAACGUGUAUCAAAUUCUGUAGUACCAAUAAAAAGAAUUCUUAAUGAUAAUUCAACAAUUUUAUUUCUAGAUGAUGCAACCGUUGAUAUGGGUUCUUCAUUUGAUUUACUUGAUGAAGCAUCACAUACAGAGAGUAAACUUGUUGAUGAUAAUCAUCAAAAAAUGAGAAUGAUGUUUAAGAGCUUCAUGGAACAAGCUGGUUUUGUUAAUUAUACUAAAGAAUGGUGGCAUUAUACACUUAAAAAUGAACCAUUUCCUAAUACAUAUUUUGAUUUUGAUGUUAAAUCAUCUUAUUCUUCUUAG